CUAGCACGGCUGCGCAAGUGCUGGAACUCGCCGCUAUACGCGUUCUUCAAGACCGAUGUCGAGAUCGAGUACGUUGGCGGACGCCGCUCGCAUGUCUUCACAUGCGCUCGGAAGGACUGCGGGUUCACAACGCGUUGCUACCUCGAUACCAAAGAUCGAUUGACCGGCAACCUCAGUAAGCACGCCAUCGGGUGUUGGGGCGAAGAAGUCGUCGCACGCGCGAAGGAGACUGCGAGUGAUGAGGAGGCACGCCGCCUGAUCGUCGACAGCAUUGAGAAAAGCGGGCAUAUCAGCGCUUACUUCUCGCGCAACAAGAAAGGGAAGGUUACUUACAGUCAUAUGCAGCACACGCGCGAAGAGACAAGCAUCGUGCACGACCCCGGAUUCCUAUCCCUGAUGAAGACGGGACGGCCGGGGUACUACGUGCCUUCCCCAUCGACCGUCUCGCAGGAUGUGAAGAUGGUAUUUGCGCGGACUCGAGAGCGGAUCGCGCAGCUCCUGCAGGACUAUGAGGGGAAACUCAGCUUCGGGACGGACGCGUGGACAUCCCCGAACCAUCGCGCGUUCGUCGUGAUCACGGUUCACCUAGAAGUGGAUGGUCAGCCGCUAAGACUCCUGCUCGACCUUGUGGAGGUCGCAGAGUCACACACCGGCUUCAACCUGGCCGCGGCAUUU